CUUAAAUAAUUUUUUCCAUUUUCAAUGUAGUAUCUACUUAACAACUGUGAGUAAAACUCACAGUUUUAGAUAAUACAGGAAAUAGAAUUAGAAACACUCAUUAGCAGUUGGGAUUAAGUGGGACACAUCACUGAGAGUGUUUUAAUGACUGCUAGUUUCCUGUGCUUUGAGGGACUUCCUUCAGCACUGUACAGGUGAGUAUAUCUGCCCACACACAUACAUGCACACCACACAUGCACACACAUAAAAUAAUUUUCCUAGUAUGAUUUCACUUUUAACGUAUACAAUGUUGCUAUAUUGUCUCUCCUUCUACUGUGUGGUAUAUUUGAUUUAUUUUACUUAAGUAAAACUUUUUUUGGUUUGUUUUUUUGAGACAGGGUUUCUCUGUGUAGUCCUGGCUAUCCUGGAACUAAGUCUGUAGACCAGGCUGGCCUCGAACUCACAGAGAUCCACCUGCCUCUGCCUCCCGAGUGCUGGGAUUAAAGGCGUGCACCACCACUGCUGGGCUUAAAUAAAAUUUUUACUUAUUAUUAUUGCAUAUACGUGUGUGUGUAUGAUAUGUGUGUGGACACAUACGCCAUGGCACACAUGGACGUCAGAGGACAACUUUGUGGAAUUGGCUUUUCACCUUUCUAUGGGUUCCGGGGGUCCCACUCAGGUUGCCAGGCUUGAGUGACAAGCUUCUCUCCUGCUGAGUCAUCUCACUGGCCCGGUGUAUUUAGUUGAUUAUCAGGAAGGGUGGGCAUGUUGCCUCCAGUGUCCAUGUGCCUUUGUUUUCAGCAGGGUGUGCCAAAUGGUGGAAGCCAAGUAAAGGGUUAAAUGAUUGAAUGAUGGGUUUUUCUUUUCUUUUCUUUUGUUAUGAGUGCUCUGUCUGCAUGUUGUGUGGUUGCUGGGAAUUGAACUCAGGACCUCUAGAAGAGGAGCCAGUGCUCUUAACCACUGAGACAUCUCUCCAGCCCCUGGUGGCAGGAACUAGAUAAGUAUUUAUAUCAUCAUGACUUCUUAAAUGCAAGAAGAAAAGAGAUGUUGUAUAAAAAAUGGGUUGAGUGUGUGGCAGAUCCUCUACAGAAGAAAAUUAUAGAAAAAGUUUGUUCACAUAAGAAGAUUAAAAAGAGGAGACGACAAGAAUUAGACAGUUUUUUGAGACAUGUAAAUAAGAAGGGAAAUGCAUUUAUAGAGCAUUAUGAUCCAAAAGAAUAUGAUCCUUUUUAUAUGAGCAAAGAGGACCCCAAUUUUCUAAAGGUCGUCAUGCCGCCAUUCCGUGACCCUCUGAAAAAAGCCCAGAAUGACAAGGACAAUGACAAGAAGACUCUCCUCCAGUGUGAGACCGGCAAAAUCUAUACAAUGAAAGAAUUUAAAGAGAUCGAGAAGGCCCAGUUGCAUUCCAGGUUCCCGAGUAUUUCUAAUUCAAGGCAAUGUAUGACUCCAAACGAAUGGCUUAAAGUGCCCAUGAGAUACAUAGAAAGUGAAUUUUGUAAAAGGAGCAGGGUCAAAAUGAAGGUGAAUUUUAAUGCUAGUACUUUUGAUUUGACUCCCCUGAAGAGGGUGCCUAAUUUUCUGGAGUGCCCGGAGGAAGAAAAGACCGUCAGUUACAAAAACAAAGGGCUCUCCCCUCUGGACAGUGAAGCUCCGUGUCUCCAGGAGGGAAAGGAUCCAAGUUCCCAAGGGAUCAUUUCUGAAGGUCAUCAUUCUGCAGACCUCUGCCAGGAGGCAGAAAGGGAUGAGGUCCAGGACGCGGUGAGAACUAACCAGGAUGACACGGGACGUUGGUGUUGCAGGCCGGCCAGACCUCGUGGCCUUGCUUCACGCAUGCGCUUCCACUGGGGUCGAGACACCCUCGCUGGACCUGACUCAGGCAGGGCUCAGGCUGCACAGAGCAGCAAGCAGCCCACCCCUGGGACAGCCUGGGAGACCUGAGGGCCUGAGGU